CUAUUACUAUUUCAAUAUAGAUUACUGGGUAACAGUUGGAUAGCAAUGACUCAAAGUAGAGAACAAAUAUAACAUAAAACAGAUUUUAAAAUGGAUAAGAACCUGUUUUUUAUAUUGAUUUUUGUGUGUGGAUAUCAUAUUGUUUCUUCCAGUCAAAGCGUGAAAUUAACAAAUUUGUUGGAAAAUCAUCAUGGGAGCAAAGAUCAUAAACAAGUUAAAAGUGGGUCGUCUUUUUGGCCAGAAAUAUUAGUGUUUCAAUUAGAGACCGGAUUCGAAACUGGAAUACUACGAUUGACAAAAAUUCCACAGCUGAAUACGUAUACCAUACAUAAUGGUGCCACAAAUGCAGUGUAUGGCGAACAUGAGAACAAGGCAGUUUAUACAGAUAGAAGUCGAAAAGCAGCAUUUAUUGUAGAGAAAGUGGGCGAUAAAUACAAACUGGUGGGUAAUUUAGAAUUAAAUUAUCGAGUAAUUCACAUAAAACCAGAUGAAGGGAAUCAGAACAAAACUGGCAAAUUCAUUAAUCAUAUUAUUGAACAUGAAGAACCUGUUAUUAUUGACCAUCUUGGAGAAAAUAAAAAAUCAAGCGCUCACCGUAAGAAACGGUCCAUUCUUCAACAUUUUAUCAUAGAAGUUUGCUUUGUAGCAGAUGCUAAAGAUUUUGAAGUGUUUAUGAGUAGACACAACAACGACCGAAUAUUAACACUUGCUGAAAUGUCUGUUUACUUCGCUUUUAUAGCAGAACAAAUUAAAAUACGAUAUGAAACCAUUAUUGAAACCAACAAUUUGUUAAAUAUUGAGAUUGUUGUUCACAAUCUUAUAAUUAUAGAGCAAAGUAAAGACUCGGAGUUCGCUAAUCCUAUCGCCGAUGAUACUCGUGUAGAUUCAGAUGAUUACGUACUCCAGUCAGCUUAUUGGGUAGAUGACCCCCCUACUGGAAUCAACAUACCCAAAAGCGACCAUUACAUGUUUUUCACCGGAUACACAAUAGAUGACGGUCUAUUAGGUUAUGCGGGAGCAAUUGGUGACUUAUGCAACGCUACAACUGCGUCUGUUUCUAUGGUGUUUGAUGAUCACCAAUCACGGGUUGGUAACGUGGCUGCCCAUGAGUUAGGUCAUAGUAUUGGUUUAGAACACGACUCUAUAGAGGGUUGUUCAGAUGAACUUGCUUACGUGAUGAAUACGGCUGAGGGUUAUGCAACUACUGAUACAAUAGGUCGCAACCAUUGGAGAUUCUCGCCUUGUUCAAUUACCAAAUUAAAGAAAAUCUUAGAAAGUGUCUCCUGUGUUGGGCAACCAUAUAACUACACAGAAUUAUCUCCCGUCUCUAAAGGUGGAGAGUAUUACAGUUAUGAUGGUCAAUGUCAGCUAGCUUUUACAAAAAAUUCUUCUUAUUGUACAUGGGCUUUAAAGUAUUCAAAGUGCUACACGAUGUUAUGCUCAGAUCCAGAUAACGACGAAGAAUGUCACGAGAUUAUGCCCCAGGAACAUACAGAAUGUGGAUUGAAUCAGUGGUGUAUUAAAGGAGUGUGUAUACCGAAAUUGCAGGUUGCGCCUGUAAUAAAGAAUUUACCAGACAGUAUAAAGACUCGAGAUGGGGCUUCCGGUUUAGUAUUUAAGGUAGCAGCCACAGAUGAAAAUUCCGAUGAUAAUUUGAAUUUUACAGCAACACCUUCCGGGCCUUUUUGGCAGUUUUUCAUCUUUAACAGUUCGUCUGGCGAACUGUAUGUAAAACCAGGUUAUAAAAUAGACUUUCAAACACUUGGCGUGAAAACUUUCGAGUGGGUAUUUACAGUUACUGAUGGAUAUUUCACAUCUGCACCGACAAUGUUGAGGAUUAGCUUUGAUGGGGUACCUAAUGUGUUUAGAAACUCAACAUUCACGAUCUUAAUUAAUAAAAAAGAUAUAACGGGAGGAUACCUUAUAAUACAAAGCUUAGCUGAGUAUAUGGACAACAAACCAGAUAAUAUUACAUUUCACAUUCAAGAUGGACAAUACACAGCUAAGUUUCUUAUAGAGUCUGGAAUGGUGAAAUUUGUUUCUGGUACACAAUCUUCAGAUAUCCCCGGUGAGUUAUCUCUGACAGUAAUCGGGAAUGAACCAGGGUUUCAAUCAACGACAGCAACAUUUAACAUCCGAACCAAACCUUUCUUCACUAAUUUACCAGCAACAGUUACCGUUCCUGAAAACACCGAAAUAGGUGACGAGAUAUUUACAGUAUCCGCUGUUGAUCCUAAUGGUGAUGCUGUGGGUUUUUACAGCUGGGAAGGAGAUACAUUUUACACUUCAACUCCAUUUUCUCUGGAUAAAAUUAGUGGUGCGGUCACUGUGAAGAAGGAUUUAUCUACAGGACUUGACUAUACAUAUCAUGUAAGGAUUGAUGAUGAUUCUACCUUUGAAAAAUUGACGAUAAUUAUUCAAAAUCUGACACCCGUACAAGACACACAGUUAUGGGUGAUUAUCGGCGUAACAUCUGGGAUUGCUUUGUUAUUUAUAACUGUAAUCAUUUGCUAUUGCUGUUGUUGUAAAGAGAGCAGACAUAAAAUGGCCCACACCUUGCCUAGAAGUGAUAUACAACCACGCAUAUCUACAGUUGAUGGUCAUCCCCUGGGAUCGGCAUCUACUCCACAUAACAUUAACCCUGAAGUAGUUUACUCCAACCAGAUGAACCCGACCAAACCAACGUAUGCCUAUGAUGGACCUUAUCAUAGCUAGAAAUAUAAUUCUACAAAAUGAAAACUGAAACAACAACGAAAUAUCUGUUUUCGAUAUAAUUUAUAAAGUUUUUAAAGAUGUUAAUAUAUAUUUUUACUCAAA